UUGUUUGUUUCAUUUUACUACUGCUUUUUAGCGUCUGGAACUAAUGUUCAAACGGGAACCCCUCCUUGUCGUGUGGAUAAUUCGCUGCUAUUGUUAAAUCUCAACGAGGCCGCACAGAGACUGGGUGUGCAGAAGAGGCGUCUAUAUGAUAUAACCAAUGUUCUUGAAGGGAUAAAUAUGAUUGAAAAGAUGGGUAAAAAUAGCAUUCGAUGGAAAAUUGGUGACGAACAUGGUACUCAUGGUUUGGAAGCGCAGCGUUUGAGGGAUGAAAACGCGGAUUUGGAGAAGCAAGAAGCGCAUUUGGAUUUGUUGAUUUCAGAUAUUUCGAAUGCUUUAAAGCUUGCUAAAGAAGACCCUACGGAUAAACAGUAUAGGUGA